GAAUGAGAAAGAGAAUGGAAAGGGAAAGAAGACAAAGUAGGAAAGGACAGUAAGACUGGAAAAGAUUUAUCACUGUCUAAAACAAGUUUUCUUCGAGUGGAAUCAACGACGCGCGCGUCAAAUGCUUUUUAGUAUUAUUAACAAAAGUUAUUAAUUAUUAUUAUUCUAGCAAAUUGAGAGUAAAAAAAAAAAUACGAGUUAGAUCGAUAUUAAAACGUAGUAUAUUGGUGUGCAAAGAAAAAGUAGGUAUUAUAAUUCAAUACUUGUAAAAAGACGUUUAUUGUUGAAGAAGUAAAGGUAACACAAGACUUUCUUUUAAGAGUCGGAAUUUUCAAGUAAAAUCUGAAACAUUUCAGCAAGCCCUUUUUCUUUCCCUACCCCCUUUAAGUUCCCCAGGACUAACCAAACUCUUUCUCCUCGCAGCAUCAGCGCGUUAAGUUUGUAAGAGUAAAACGUUUCGUCGAUACUUAGAACGAGUCUGGGUAUUACUUUAAAACUGUUAGAAUUUAUUGAAUAGGAUCGUGAAGUAAGUUUAAUGUUACGGAAAAGGAUGGUGGUGAGAGUAGGGUAUUGUAGUGGGGGUAGGAAAUCCUUAGUGGUGGAUAACGUCUCGAUAUUUGUAGCAAUUAAUCUUGGAGAAUCGUUGGAUCGAAAGCGUAUUAUGAACGUUUCGAGGACGAUAUCCUUUGAAGGUUUGCAAGAAAGUCAGCUCGAUUUGAGGACGAUUAAAUUAUCCCAGUAAAGGAAUCUAUCUUUUCGAAGCUUUAACGUUCAGUGAACACACAAGAUGUUAUUAUGAAUCGAAACAAAAAGAUGAACUUUUAUUUUUCAAUUUAAGCUUAAAUAUUAAUCAUUAUUAUUUCGUAUAAUUCGGGCAAUUAGAAAAAUGUGACGGUGUCUUCAUUAAUUUUUGCCUUAUUUUUCCUCUCUCUCUCUCUCUCUCUCUCUCUCUCGUUAUUAUCGACUUUAACGCGACGGACUUUUUACACGGAAAAACAAUUUGUAGAAAAUGGAGAGAACAUUAGCGCCAAUCCCGUCUCUAUAUUCGUGGUAUUUUUUAAUAAUGUAAUUUUUAAAAAGCCUUCACCAUUUGGCUCGUAAGUUUAAAUCUGAUAAUCGAAGCUCACCCAUCGUGUAUUGGAAUUUUUGUUAUUUCCGCUAUGCUAUUAUAACGAAAGAAUCGGAUAAUAUUUUCCUUUAGGUGAGAUCAAGUUAUAUUACCAUUUGUUGAAGAAACACGUGUACUAUUUUCUAAGCAAUACGAAAAAAAACAAAACAUUUUCGAGUUAUCCUCUCCUCUCUCUCUCUCUCUCUCUCUCUCUCUCUCUCUGUGUGUGUGUGAUUUUAUUUGCUCGCAGAAUGAGGGUGGCACAACUAUUACUGUGGUGCGUACUACUCGAAGAUUAUGGUGGAAAUCUCGGAAGGGCGGCAAUUACCAGUGACUCCAUACGACAAGACGCCUCCUCCUCCUCGUUCGCAACGAAUCCUACGUUACAAGAUAGGCCAAGUUUUUCAGAAGAGAUCGGUAACGUGACCGCGGCAAUCGGCAAAGAAGCAAUCUUAUCUUGCACUAUCCGGAAACUGGGUAAUUACAAGGUAGGAUGGCUACGAGUCGAGGAUCAGACAAUAUUGUCGAUGGGUCAGCGAACGGUGACCCAUUCAGCACGUUUCCAAGUAAACGUCGAAAAGGCCAAGGCAAAGAAUCAAACUCGUUCGAGAGAGGACGAGGAAGCCACUUGGAGCCUGCAUAUUCGCCAACUCAGGAAAGCCGAUCGAGGUUGCUACAUGUGCCAAAUCAACGCGCAGCCCAUGUUGAGCCAGCUGGGAUGCGUCGACGUCCUAGUUCCCCCCGACAUACUGAGUUCUGGUACAUCAGAGGGAGAAGUCUCAGUUUUAGAAGGGGAAAAUGCGACCCUUUCUUGCAAGGCAUCGGGUAGACCUCCCCCACGAGUUCAUUGGAAAAGAGAGAAAAGUGAUUUCAUUCUGAUGAGAGGUCUUCAUGAGACCUUAGUUCAAGUGGACAGCCAGUCCGGCGAGAAGCUGGAAUUAACGAGGGUAGACAGGAGGCAAAUGGGAGCUUAUCUUUGCAUAGCCAGAAACGAAGUACCACCGACAGUCAGCAAAAGAGUCUACCUCAGAGUAAAUUUUCCCCCAAGCGCAAAAGUAGGAAAUCAAUUAUUGGGUUCGCCGUUGGAUACGGAUGUCUCGUUAAUCUGUUCGAUCGAAGCUUAUCCAAAGACGAUCAACCUGUGGACUCGAAAGGCGCAAGUGAUCAUGAGCGGCGACAGAUACGAGAUCGAUGAACGGAGCCACCCAGAGGAAGAAUGGAAGACGACUAUAGAGCUUAAGAUAAAGAGUCUUCAGAAGACAGAUUUAGGAGAAUACAAGUGUUCGGCAUCCUCGAGUAUGGGAAAAGCCGAAGCUACUAUCAGGGUAUACGAAAUAGAACGUGCGACUUUACCAACGCGAGCAACCUCACCAAGUUGGAAAAAACAAAACAAAGGUAAUAAAUCAAAAAGCAUUCUUGGGGUAUCUACGGUCAAUCGAGUUUUCCACCAGCUGAGCACCCCAGCGAUGCAGAAGAGCACAUCUCGAUUGAUCAUCGGUAACAAAUACUCAACAACAUCUACUACCGUAAAUCCACGAGGAUCGUUGAUCGUAAAAGGGAAGAAUGCUUACAGUGGAGAAGAAACUAAAUCUAAAGAAGAAGAGUCUAAGGUAGAAAACGUUGCCAACAUUGGCAGGUUUAUAUUCAACAAACAAAUAUAUACGAUCUGCCUAACAUUUUUAUCCACCAUACGAUAAAGGAUCAAUUAUUAUUUAUUGAUUAAUAAUCCCAUUCCAUCGGAAAAAGCAUAGGAAAAGAAUAGAUUACUGACCGAUUCUGAACUCCAUAACUCUCCCCUAUUUCUCCCCUAUUUCUCCCCUAUUCUCUUAUCUUUUGCUAGGCUGUGUCUGGACCCUAGGGUAUUAAUACAAAAAAAUGAUGAUAAUAGGUAUGUGUAAUAAUGAAAAAAGAAAAGCCGUUUAAAUGCCGUUAGGGCAUUCUUUGGGAAUUUGAAACUUUGCGAAUGAGAGAUAUUGAACGAUACUUGCAAAUGUAUUUUUUAUGAAACCAUUUUUUGGUUUCGACUUUGAUCGAAUGAAAAGAAAUUUAAGAAAAAACAAAAAGUAGAAGAAGAAGAAAAAAGAAAAAUACAUACUUAUGGAUGAAGCGUACUGUUUUUUCGUUUUAAAACUCAUCGAACGUUUAAUCUCGAGUAUUUUUAAACGAAGCCUUUCAUUAUGAAAUCGAUCGAUCGCCUUCAUUUACUUUUUCGAUAGAAAAUUACGGGGUACUUUUAUAUAUAUAUAUGUAUAACGGGUUAGUGUGUCGGAAAGCCUUAAAGGGGUCAUGUUUUGAACGCAUCGUUAGUGCCGUUCUGUUCGUCCAGUUUUUAACUUAACAAACAUUUUUGAAAUUCGAAUUAAUCAAACUGUGCAUUACAAAUAACCAUAAAGUUGGAAACAUUUUGAAAGGAUAUGCCGAGUUGUAUAUAAUAAUUCCACCUAACGAUGCAUGAACACAGGAAUAAAGAGAGAGAGAGAGAGACUCUCGUAAACCGAUAUUACGUAAUAAAAAAAAGCAAAAUAAAAUUUAUAACAAAAAGAUGGAAAGGAAAGUGAACACUUACAUGUGUAAUAUAUUACAUAUAUGUAUUGCUCGUACGUUAGGUGGCAAUAGAAAGCUUCCUUUCUAUAUGCUUCCCCUUCCUUCCCAAACCCUUCUGCAUAUCGUUACAUCAGAUAGAUAGACAUAUAAGUCUCCAUAAAGGUAGACGUUUCGACGUUAUCUUCCAUUGUCGGUGGUUAACUGCGAACAUAAGUAUUACUUAUAUACUUAUUUAAUAAUGAUUUUAAAAAAGACAAAUAAAUACUAUACAGUAUACAGGGUGAUUCGAAAACUUACAUA